GUUGUUUUGUUGCAAUGAUGCUUUUGAUAUCAUUGUCUGAGAUAUCAUGUAUUUCACCAAGUAACUUUGAUCUUCCACAAGAAAUUAAUUAUUAUUAAAAUGGGUUUUCUUAUUAUCUUACAGCUCCAACAAGUCAUGGAUUCGUUCAUUAUAUAUGUUGCUCAACACAUUUCGACAAACUCAUCACUCUUACAAUGGGGCUCUUCUGGUACACAUUUUCCUGCAUCAAUACCUUGGACUCAGUUUAGUCCUUCAAAUAUAAGAACUGUUCCAUUUCCAACUCGUGAAUAUACUGAUGACGAGUUCCAAUCCAUAGUCAAGAAAGUUAUGGGAAUCAUGUACUUGCUGGGAUUUCUCUACCCAAUCUCCCGUCUCAUAAGUUAUUCCGUCAUAGAAAAGGAGCUGAAAAUUAAAGAAGGCCUAUUCAUGAUGGGGCUCAAAGAUGAGAUAUUCCAUCUCUCUUGGUUUUUGACAUAUGCAUUGCAGUUUGCAGUUUCUUCUAUGACCAUUACUCUCUGCACUAUGAGUACCCUCUUCCAAUACAGUGACAAAUCACUGGUGUUUGCCUACUUCUUUGCUUUUGGACUCAGUGCAAUAACACUGUCCUUUCUGAUCUCUACAUUUUUCACACGGGCAAAAACUGCUGUAGCUGUGGGGACACUUGCUUUCCUUGGGGCAUUUUUCCCUUAUUACACCAUCAAUGAUGAGACUAUUUCCAUGGUAUUAAAACUGAUGGCUUCAUUCCUUUCACCCACAGCAUUUGCCUUGGGCUCUAUCAACUUUGCAGACUAUGAGCGCGCUCAUGUUGGACUCAGAUGGAGUAACAUUUGGCGGGAGUCCUCAGGAGUUUGUUUUUUGCUCUGCCUCUUGAUGAUGUUAGUUGAUACAGUACUUUAUGCUGCUAUUGGCAUCUAUCUAGAUAAGGUUCUUAGUAGGGAGAGUGGAUGGCACUUCUCAUGGAACUCUACUUUCUGGAAUUCAUUUAAGAGGACAGGAAAUAGCAGAGAGCAUGAUGCUUCGACCCCAGAAGUCAGUUUAACUUACAACUCUGAUAAGGAAAGCUCAAAUCUACAUAGAGAAGAGAUAUAUAAACCAGCCAUGGAACCUAUCAGUUUGGAAAUGAAACAAUGCGAAAUGGAUGGAAGAUGUGUAAAGAUCAGGAAUUUGCAGAAGGUGUAUAGUACUGAUAGGGGAAAAUGUUCUGCUGUUAAGUCCUUACAACUGACCUUAUAUGAGAAUCAGAUUCUUGCUCUUCUAGGACACAAUGGAGCUGGUAAAAGCACAACACUAUCAAUGCUUGUCGGUCUUCUUCCUCCUACCUCUGGGGAUGCUUUGGUUUUUGGAAAAAACAUUUUAACUGACAUGGACGAGAUACGGAAGAGCUUGGGUGUUUGUCCUCAAUAUGACAUUCUUUUUCCAGAAUUAACUGUGAAGGAACAUCUGGAAAUUUUUGCUAAUGUAAAGGGAGUGAGUGAAGACACGAUCGAUAAUCUUGUAACAGAAAUGGUGGAUGAAGUUGGCUUAGCAGACAAACUUAAUACUGUAGUAAGAGCUCUUUCUGGAGGAAUGAAAAGGAAGCUAUCACUUGGGAUAGCACUAUUAGGAAACAGUAAAAUAGUUGUUCUUGAUGAACCAACCAGCGGGAUGGAUCCUUAUUCCAUGCGAUUGACCUGGCAGCUGAUAAAAAGGAAAAAGAAAGGAAGAAUAAUCUUACUAACUACUCAUUCCAUGGAUGAAGCUGAUGUCUUAGGGGAUAGGAUAGCUAUAAUGGCCAAUGGUUCUUUGAAAUGUUGUGGAAGUUCUCUCUUCUUAAAGCAUCACUACGGAGCUGGUUAUACCCUCACUUUGGUUAAGACUGCACCCGGAGCCACUGCAGUUGCCGAUAUUGUAUACCAGCACAUUCCAUCUGCUAAAUGCAUAAGUGAAGUUGGAACAGAGAUAUCCUUCAAACUUCCUCUCACGUCCUCGUAUUCUUUUGGAAGCAUGUUUCGUGAACUAGAGUGCUUUAUGAAAAGGUCCACUUCUAAAUCUAACAUUGAUAGCUGUGGGGAAGAAAAUGUGGGCAUUGAAAGCUUUGGCAUAUCUGUCACAACUCUGGAGGAAGUAUUUUUGAGAGUUGCUGGGGGUGAUUUUGAUCAAGACGAGAGCCAUGGGGAGAGAGAAAUUUUAGUCGCACGUGAUACUGCUGUGUUGGGAGCCUGCCAGUCUUAUGCACCAAAAAGAUUCUACCAUUCUAAGUCAUGUGGAAGCUAUUUUAGAAUUAUGUGUUCUAUAGCCACCAUAAUUGGAAGAAUUUCUUAUCUAAUCUUGACUACAGUUCUAAGUGCUUUUAGGUUCUUAAGUAUGCAGUGCUGUUGCUGCUGUAUAUUUUCAAGGUCAAUGUUUUGGAAACAUUCAAAAGCAUUAUUCAUAAAGAGAGCAAAGUCUGCUCAGAGAGAUAUGAAAACAAUUGUUUUCCAGCUUCUAAUCCCUGUCGUCUUUUUACUUUCUGGGCUACUAUUUCUUAAGCUUAAGCCACAUCCUGAUCAGCAGUCAGUCAUCUUUACAACUUCGUACUUUAAUCCUUUACUAAGUGGGGGAGGCGGUGGAGGCCCAAUUCCUUUUGAUCUUACCUGGCCUAUUGAAAAGGAGGUCGCAAAUUAUGUUAGGGGAGGAUGGAUACAAAUGUUUCAACAAACGACAUAUAGAUUCCCCAAUUCUGGAAAGGCAUUAAGUGAUGCUAUUGAGGCAGCUGGGUCUACCUUGGGACCUGCACUGCUUUCUAUGAGUGAAUAUCUGAUGUCUAGUUUCAAUGAGUCAUAUCAAUCGAGGUAUGGAGCAAUUGUCAUGGAUAAUCAGCAUGAUGAUGGCAGUCUAGGAUACACUGUCCUGCACAAUAGCUCUUGUCAGCAUUCUGCUCCAACCUUCAUCAAUGUGAUGAAUUCAGCAAUACUCAGGCUUGCUACGCAAAAUGAGAAUAUGACAAUUGUUACACGUAACCACCCUUUACCUAUGACUGAAAGUCAACACCAACAACACCAUGAUCUGGAUGCGUUUUCUGCAGCAGUUGUUGUUACCAUUGCAUUUUCCUUUAUUCCUGCCUCAUUUGCUGUUGCAAUUGUAAAGGAACGUGAGGUAAAAGCAAAGCAUCAGCAGCUAAUUAGUGGGGUGUCUAUACUUUCAUAUUGGGCUUCAGCAUAUAUAUGGGACUUCAUCAGCUUUUUAUUUCCCUCUUCCUUUUCCCUGAUCAUCUUUUGCAUCUUUGGACUUGAUCAAUUUGUUGGAAAGGAUUCUCUCUUCCCUACUGCUCUCAUGUUUUUGGAAUAUGGACUAGCUAUUGCUUCUUCAACAUAUUGCCUUACAUUCUUCUUCUCGGAGCAUAGCAUGGCACAAAAUGUGGUGCUCUUGGUUCAUUUCUUUACCGGGCUCAUACUCAUGAUUGUAUCAUUUAUAAUGGGUCUAAUUGAGUCAACAGUGCAUCUCAAUUCUCUUCUCAAGGCCCCUUGGAGCACCAAAAUUGAAAUGGAUUGCCAAAUGAUGACAUUUAACAAGCCAAAGCUCAAUGGUUGGAGAUGCUCUUAGAAUUUAUUUUUAUUAUAUGUUAACCAUGUAAAUAAUUGAUUAUCAAAUUACUUGAAGUUGUAUUUCUAUAUUUUUCUUUUCCUAUACGUAUGGGUAUAUAUACAUAUUGGUACCAAUAUAAACCUUUUGACAUA